GCUAACCAUUCACAUUCCUCGCAGUGGGCCGUGCAAUCUGACCUGAUUUUCGUUAUUUUAAUGAUUAGUGAAAAUUAAAUAAAUUAAACAUGAGUAUCACCGUAGACCCACGCAGAAAAGAAAAGAUCAACCGCUACAAGGCCCCUAAGAAUCAGGGCCAAGGUGGUGGCGCUAACGAGGACAUGAUGCCGGAUUACAUGAACAUUCUGGGAAUGAUUUUCUCGAUGUGCGGGCUGAUGAUGAAGCUCAAGUGGUGUGCCUGGUUCGCAUUGUACUGCUCUUGCAUCAGUUUUGCCAGCUCCCGGGCCAGCGAUGACGCCAAACAAGUACUGUCCUCCUUCAUGCUCAGUGUCAGCGCCGUAUUGAUGUCGUAUCUGCAAAAUCCGGCCGCAAUGACUCCGCCGUGGGCCUCUUAGCAGUGAGAAUAGAGCUUGGUAACCUGUCACCAACCAUUCUUUAGAUAAUAACAAACCCAUUUCUAGCUUGGAUGAUAAUAUGAAGUUUAUUUGGAACCAAAAGGGAUAAAAAUGAA